GUUCCAGUCAGGGUUGAAGUGGGACCACGCGACAUGAAGAGCCAACAGUUUGUAGCCGUUAGACGAGAUACAGGACAGAAGCUCACCUUUUCUGAACAUGAAGCAGAAGAUAGACUUAAGCAGAUUUUGGAAGAGAUCCAUACUAACCUUUACAACAGAGCUUCCGAGGACCUAAAAAGUCAUAUGGUGGUAGCCAAUACUAUGGAGGACUUUCAAAAAGAGCUUGAUUCGGGAAAGAUUGUACAAAUCCCUUUUUGUGGGGAAAUUGAGUGUGAGGAUUGGAUCAAGAAGACUACUGCCAGGGAUCAAGAUCUAGAGCCUGGCGCCCCCUCCAUGGGAGCAAAAAGCCUCUGCAUACCUUUUCAGCCUCUCUGUGAACUGCAGCGCGGGGCAAGAUGUGUCUGCAGCAAAAACCCUGCCAAGUUUUACACCCUAUUUGGCCGUAGUUACUAAAUUACUAGUGAAAGUACCUUCUCCUUUAUCUGUGAAUUGAACUUUUUUUAAUAAGACUGAAAUAGCCCCCAAACUUUAAUCAUCAGUUUUGUGACUUUUUAAAUGAUUCCAAAAAAAACAAAGCCAUAGUCUAUAACCCCCCUCAGUUGUCAGUCUUAGGCUAGCAGUAAUUCACAGACUUUUCUGUAAACAUCUCUAAUAAUAAACACGUAUUGUGAGCUGUAA